AUGAUGCAAUUCCCAGUUGUUCAGAUGUUUAGAAAGAUGAGGGGUAAACCAGAAUUUCCGGAUGACGUUCAUGGAUCUGGCGAUGUCCUCUCUCAUUUCACAUCAUCGUUUGAUCAUCAAACUCCUGAGGGUACCGUGCACAUCUCGAUGCUACCGAAUCCGUCACAUCUUGAGGCAGUGAAUCCAGUUACCAUGGGUAAAGCCCGUGCUCGUGCCAGGUCCCUUGGUGUUGGUGACUACUCGACAGAUAGGUCAGCAAGAACUGGCGAUGGAGUACUGGCUGUGCUUGUACAUGGGGAUGGAGCCUUUACCGGGCAGGGAAUCGUCUGGGAAUCAAUUUCGCUCAGUCAAGUGCCACAUUUCCGCCUUGGAGGCUCCAUUCACCUGAUUACGAACAAUCAGAUUGCCUUCACUGCUGAAUCACAUAUUGGACGCUCCACGAUGCAUUGCACUGAUAUAGCGAAAUCGUUUGAAUGUCCUGUCAUUCACGUUAACGGUGAUCAUCCUGAGGAUGUCGUCAAAGCUACGCGAUUAGCCAUAGCCUAUCGAGAGAAAUUCCGAAAAGAUGUUUUCAUCAACAUGAUUUGCUAUCGUCGAUGGGGACACAACGAACUGGAUGAUCCGUCAUUCACGCAGCCAAUUAUGUAUAGGGUGAUUGAGGGUCGUGACUCGGUGCCGAGGCAGUACGCAGACGAACUCAUUGAUCAGGGUGUGCUCACAGAAGAUGAAGUGAAGAAAGAAAAGGAUGCACAUACCGCUAAGCUGAUGGAGUCAUUCAAAGCUGUAGAUUCCACGCCACCUGUGUCAGUUUGUCAAAUAGAUGACAUAGAAAUUGAUAUGAAAAGCAUGCAAAGGCGGAAGAAAUAG